UCCCGGGACAGGGGUUCGCGGGGGGCCGAGGUCUCGCGGCUGCCAGGUUGGCGGCGGUGUCGGGUUUAUGAGGGUUGGUGGGCCGGAUUCCCUGCUAGGGGUAGUUCUCGAGGCCGCCAGGCUAGGAGAGGUGGUCGAGUUAUGGGUUCAGGGUCUCGCAGCAGGGCCGGGGCCGGUGCUUGGCUGCCGGGCUUGGGGUUCCCUGAAGGUGGGGGUCUCGCCAGGGGCGGUGCCCUGGUUCUGUGGUCUGAUCACGCCCGGCCACAGCAAGCGCCGCAGUCCGCGAUGCCGUAGAGACCCGGUUGCCUGACAACGCGUUGACGCUUCACUGUGAGCACGCCACCCACAGCCCGCAGAGUAGUUUUGCUCCGCUCCCGGUCUCUGUCCUUGUGCACCAGCUGGGUCUCCGCUGUUCCGCUAAGUCUGCCUAAGCACUUUCCCUCUUCCCCGGUGCUGGUUAAAUGUUAACGUUACUGAGUAUUUGUGCACCCGGCACUGUUGCCAGCGUUUUGCUUUGCUAGUACAAUUUAUUUGAUCACCGCCUUGUGAGGUCGGUGCUAUUUUGGUCCUGGAUCCAUCUGACUCCUUGAGUUUGAACCUGUUACAGCUGCUUUGAUUCUAACUUUGUUAUCUGGGAUUUGAAUCCACUUAUUAAUGAUAGCCAUGGGACUCAUCUUUCGACAGAGGCUGGCUCUCAAAAUUUUAGGGUUAAAAAGUUUAGCUGGGAUUUUUGAGAAGGCUAAAUUGUAAAACAAACCAUCACCUAGUUUACAAACAGCUCUGAAAAUGCAAGAGCCUAAUAGCAACCAUCAUGAAUUUGUAAAAAGACAAUUAUCCUCAGAGGUCCUAUUUUAAAUGAAACAAUGGCUUUUCAUGUUGAUAAGCUAAAAGGAAUCCCAUGGAAAUCAGUGACAUGCUGAUUUCCGCCCUGCAUUAUUCUUUUCCCUAGGAGGACAGUGAUUUUCUGUUGGUUAAAUAUCUGCUGAAAUGCAACCCAGGGAUGAAAUUUUGGGUCUCCUGCAGUACAGGUGACCUUCUGGAAGGGAGCGGGUGCUUUUAGAUGGGAUGAAUUGAAACGGGAGCCUUCCAGUACAGAUUUUCUCAAGUGAAGUUUUCAGACAAAUGUGUUUUAACUGUAACAAACUUCGGACAGACUAUGGGUUACUUUUUUUUUUUUUAAUCCUGAACCGAGGAUAGGUUUUAUUGAUUUUAGGGAGGGAGGAAGGCAAGGAGAGAAACAUCAAUUCCAGGGAUGGAUCCCACCAGUUAGGUAUGUGCCCAGACUGGGGAUUUGAACCUGAAACCUUUUGGUGUACCUGCAGAUGCUCCAGCCACCCGGCCAGGGCUUGGGUUACCUUUUUAACAUCAUUCUGACUGCUUUCCUGAGUGGGAGACAAAGGUGUUUGAGCAAAUGUUUUGGCAAUUUUGCAUUACCUAAAGGCUGGCUAAUUUAUGCUAAUGUCCUAGGUCAUCAUUAAUGAUGUAUUAACAGCUGCUAACAGACUUAAUAGUGCUUUUAUAUACAGGUAUACCUUGGAGAUAAUUGUGGGUUCAGUUCCAGACCACCACAACAAAGCUAGUCCUAAUCUUUUUGCAGGUGGUGGGUCUUGCCUUCGAUUUGUAAAGAAUGCAACAUCUGUGAAGUUCAAUAAAGUGAAGCACUAUACAAUGAGUAUCUGAAAAAUGGCUGAUAAUUUGGAUAAAUUUAUUGAAGAGUGCAAAGCCAAACUGGCGAAAGACAAAGCAGAAUUGGAAAGCGAUCCACCUUACAUGGAAAUGAAGGGAAAGUCAUCAGAGAAACUUUCUGAAAACAGUAAAAUAUUAAUCUCCAUGGCUAAGGAAAACAUUCCACCAAACAGUCAACAGACCAGGGGUUCCUUAGGACUUGAUUAUGGAUUGAGUUUACCACUUGGGGAAGACUAUGAACGGAAGAAACAUAAACUAAAAGAAGAAUUGCGGCAAGAUUACAGACGCUAUCUUACUCAGGGUAUUACAGAAGCAAAGAGAAAGAAAAAUUUUCUAUCCACGAGUGAAACAGAUCCAUCUACUCUGGGAGUUUCUCUUCCUAUUGGUGACAGGUUAUCUGCCAAGGAAAGAUUGAAACUUGAACGCAACAAAGAAUACAAUCAAUUUCUCAGGGGUAAGGAAGAAUCUACUGAAAAGCUCAGACAGAUAGAAAAGAGUACUGAGCACAAAAGUCAAAGGAAUAAAAAACCUAUUAGUCAGGUUAAAUAUGAUUUACCUUCACAAAUACAAACAUCUUACCAAAAUUUAGAGGAUCCCAGGAGAGACGUCUUAACUCCUUCAGAGGCAUAUGAAGAACUUUUAAACCAAAGACGACUAGAGGAGGACAGAUACCGACACCUUGAUGAUGAAAUUGAAUUAAGGAAUAGAAGAAUUAUUAAAAAAAGGAAUGAAGAAGUGGACAUUUCCAAUAAAAAACAUCAAAGGUAUGCCAGCAAGGUGGACGUCCCAGAUAGAAGAUGUGACAGGUUUCAUGAGCAUCGUGUCUUGGACAGACGCUAUCAUAGGCCAGACCAAGAUCCUGAAGUAAGUGAAGAAAUGGACGAGAGGUUUAGAUAUGAAAGUGAUUAUGAUAGAAGACCUUUGAGAGUAUAUACAAGUGACAGGAUGUACGGGAACAGACAAGGGAAUGUGCCUCCUAUGGCGUACGGUGGCGAUGUCACAGACCAGUCAAACAUACGAAUUUCAUCUGCUGGAAAUACAAGUGCUCGAGACAAUGAAGCAUCCAGACCUACCCGAGAGAUCUGUAGUCCCUUUGCAGGGAUGCUCUUUGGAGGUGAAGAUCGAGAAGUUGUUCAGAGAAGGAAAGAAAAAUAUAGACAGGAACUGUUGGAACAAAUGGCUGAACAAAAGAACAACAAGAGACGAGAAAAAGAUUUGGAACUCCUGGUUGCAGCUUCUGGAGCCCAAGACCCCGAGAAGUCGCCUGAUAGACUAAAGCAGUUCAGUGUGGCACCAAGACACCUUGAAGAGAAGAUCCCACCUGAAAGACCCAGAGUAGCUUUCCAGACCCCUCUCCCUCCUUUAUCGACACCCCCUGCCCCACCCUUCCCACCGGUUCAGUCCAUCCCAUUGCAAAGUGAAGAUCUGCACAGUGGACUCAGCAGCACCCUUGGUGAAAUAGUGCCUUCCAGGAUUGUACCUCUGCCUCCACCACCCCUACUACCACCUUUGGCUACUAACUAUCGAACUCCUUAUGAUGAUGCAUACUAUUUUUAUGGAGCCAGGAAUACUAUGGAUCCUAGUCUUGCUUAUUAUGGUUCAGGAAUGAUGGGAGUGCAGCCUGCAACUCAUGUGAGUGCUCCUGUCACCCACCGGCCAGCACCGCCUCUUGUGAACACAGUCGGAGAGAAUGAGUUGAAAAUUACAUGUGAUCAAGCAAUGAACUUGGGAUUGUUUUUUGAAGAUAAACCAAAGCCUUCAAAGCAGUUACUUCAGUCUUACCAAGAAGCUUUGCAGCAGCAGAUUCGAGAAAGAGAAGAAAGAAGGAAGAAAGAACGUGAAGAAAAGGAAGAAUAUGAAGCUAAACUAGAGGCUGAGAUGAGAACUUACAACCCCUGGGGGAAAGGUGGAGGUGGUGCCCCUCUCAGGGACGCGGAGGGAAACCUGAUAACUGAUUUGAAUAGGAUGCACAGACAAAAUAUAGAUGCCUACCAUAACCCAGAUGCAAGACCACAUGAAGAUAAAAGGGCUGUUGUAUCACUAGAACAAAAUUUAGCCACUGCAAAUGCUGAGAACCUAGAAGAUUCUGCAAAUAAAAACUCAGGUCAUAUACAAACACAGAGCUCUCCUUUUGCUCGAGGAAAUGUAUUUGGUGAGCCUCCAACUGAACUUCAGAUUAGACAGCAAGAAUUAUACAAGAAUUUUCUUCGGUUUCAGAUUGAGGAGAAGAAACAAAGAGAGGAAGCAGAGCGUGAAAGGCUGAGGAUUGCAGAAGAAAAAGAAGAAAAACGGCUUGCAGAACAGAGAGCACGGAUCCAGCAAGAGUAUGAAGAGGAACAGGAAAAGAAAAGGGAGAAAGAGGAGGAGCAAAGACUAAAAAAUGAAGAGCUUAUUCGGUUAGCUGAAGAAAGACGAAAAGAAGCAGAAAAAAAGAAGAAAGAAGAAGAAGAAAAACAUGAACAACAACUUCAGCACUACUAUGAAAGAGAAAAUAUAAUUGGGGAAGAAACAAAGCGCUUGAGACAGCCUUCUCCUGUGGUUCCUGCUCUUCAGAACAAAAUUGCAAGCAAAGUCCAAAGACCUCCUUCAGUUGACAGCAUUAUAAAUUCAUAUAUUCAAGAACAUUCUGUGUCCCGGGCUCAGUCUCCGCCGGUACCUGCCAGGAAAAAUCAGCUCCGUGCAGAAGAGGAGAAAAAAAAUGUAAUUAUGGAAUUAUCGGAAAUGAGAAAACAGCUUCGUAGUGAAGAGCGGCGUCUACAGGGGCGGUUGCGACACUUGGACAGUGAUGAUGAAAUUCAUAUAAAGAAAAGAGAAAGGAACCCCAUAGAUGUAUUUGACAUGGCUCGACAUCGGUUGCAGGCUCCUGUCAGAAGACAGUCCCCGAAGGGCUUAGACCCUGCCACUCUUCAGAAUAUUUGUGACUUUAAUGAGCUGAAAGACAGAGAUUCAGAAACACGACUUGACCUGAAACUUAUGUACCCGGAUCCUCCAAGAGAUCAUUACACCUUAGAGAUUCAGCAGCAAGCCCUGCUGAGAGCACAGCAGAAGAGGCUGAACAGACUGAAAAUGCAGGAGAGUGCUGAAGUGGACCCGGAUGCCAUCCCAAACACUAAAACACGAGACCACAGAAUGCCCAGAGAUGACACUAAUGAUUUCUUGAAAAAUUCAUUAUUGGAAUCUGAUAGUGCUUUUAUUGGUGCUUACGGGGAGACCUAUCCUGCCUUUGAAGAGGAUGCUGUCCUUCCACCCUCACAGCUGCCCUCUGCGAGGGAGCGCAGGAGGAGCAAAUUGAAAGGACUGGCUUUUGAUAACAGUCGUCCUGAUGUGCUGUCAGACGGUCUCUCUUUAAAAUCUGAAUCCAGUGUAAAUGUUGAUCAGAUUAGAAUGAGAAAUGAGGAACGAAUGCGAAGAUUGAAUGAACUUCAGAAUAAACCUAUUAAUACAGAUGAUGAGAGUUCACUGGUUGACCCUGAAGACAUCAUGAAACAUGUGGGUGACGAUGGAUCAAGCUCUGUAGCAACCGAACCCUGGCUCCGCCCGGGCACCUCAGAAACGCUGAAACGAUUCAUGGCGGAGCAGCUGGACCAAGAGCAGCAGCAGGUUCCUGGAAAACCAGGCACUUACAAUUGGCAGGGCCUGUCUACUGCGCAUGGUUAAAAUAAAUCUUUGUUGGGCUCAGCAGUGCCUUUUAAAGAGAAAGGAAUGUUUACUCUGAACCUUUAUGUGCUACUCUGACCACUUCCUGGAAGUUACUUAUGUUCCAUCUGCAUAUAAGGUAUAUUUCCAUGGCGGUGUAUAUAAUGUACAGCAUGUACAUAAAUAAAAGGCCAUGAUUAAUUUAUAUACAGUUGUAUAGAAUUAUUUUUGCACAAUUUUGCCAUAAAUCAGGGUGGUAAUGAACUAACGUUAUGUGCACUAUUGUAAAUUCUGUUUGUAAGAUGAAUAAAACACAAGUAUCUCAACAGACCUGUAAAACCGGGAAACCUAUUAUAUGUAUAUUUGUUAUUGCUAUUGAAAAUAAUUCAUUAAUGAAUACAUUGGCUGUAGCUGUGACUAUUCCAGUUGCUAUGUAAUGAGAGAAUCAAAUUAUUUCCCUGUCAUUUAUAACUGCUAAUUCAGUAUAAAUGAUGGGAGUCAUAAUUGAUUUUAUUUCCAUGAGCCAUGCACUAAAUGUUACAUCUUUCUGCCUCUGUUUUUGUGCCAAUUAAGUUUACUAAUUUAUAUGAUUUAACUUCUUGAUAGAAGAAAUAAAUUAUAUUUUACUACCA